GGCCGUGGGGUGGCGGCGGCGGUCAGGCCGGAGAUGGCGGCGCGGUGGAGCAGCGAGAAUGUGGUGGUGGAGUUUAGGGAUUCCCAGGCAACUGCAAUGUCUGUAGAUUGUCUUGGGCAGCACGCAGUGCUUUCUGGCCGACGAUUCCUGUACAUUGUGAAUCUGGAUGCCCCAUCUGAAGGUCACCGCAAGAUCUCUCGUCAAAGCAAAUGGGACAUUGGAGCCGUGCAGUGGAAUCCCCAUGACAACUACGCACACUACUUUGCAGCUUCGAGCAACCAGCGGGUCGAUCUUUACAAGUGGAAAGAUGGCAGUGGGGAAGUUGGCACAGCGUUACAGGGGCAUACCAGGGUGAUCAGUGACUUGGAUUGGGCUGUGUUCGAGCCAGACCUGCUGGUUACCAGUUCCGUAGACACCUACAUCUACAUUUGGGAUAUCAAAGACACAAGGAAACCUACUGUUGCACUGUCUGCUGUAGCGGGUGCCUCCCAGGUGAAGUGGAACAAGAAGAAUGCCCACUGCCUCGCCACCAGCCAUGAUGGGGAUGUUCGGAUAUGGGACAAACGGAAACCUAACACUGCAGUGGAAUACCUUGCUGCCCACCUGUCUAAAAUUCAUGGGCUGGACUGGCACCCAGACAGUGAACACAUCUUAGCCACCUCAAGCCAGGACAACUCUGUCAAGUUUUGGGAUUACCGCCAGCCUCGGAAAUACCUCAAUAUCCUUCCUUGCCAGGUGCCUGUCUGGAAGGCCAGAUACACUCCUUUCAGCAAUGGGUUAGUGACUGUGAUGGUUCCUCAACUUCGGAGGGAAAAUAGCCUCCUUCUCUGGAAUGUCUUUGAUUUGAACACACCAGUGCACACUUUUGUGGGGCAUGAUGAUGUGGUGCUGGAGUUUCAAUGGAGGAAACAAAAGGAAGGGUCCAAGGAUUACCAGCUGGUCACCUGGUCCCGGGACCAAACCUUGCGGAUGUGGCGAGUGGAUUCGCAGCUGCAAAGGCUCUGUGCAAAUGAUAUCCUGGAUGGUGUUGAUGAGUUCAUUGAGAGUAUUUCUCUUCUACCAGAACCAGAAAAGACUCUCCACACUCAAGAUUCAGAUCACCAACCUAGCUCAGGCCAUGGGGAGGAGGAAGCUUCAAAGGAAGACUCCCCUAACAACCUCCUGGUGGGGAAGAAAUCGGAACAGUUGGGGUUACCCCAGACUCUACAACAAGAAUUCUCCCUGAUCAAUGUGCAGAUCCGGAAUGUUAAUGUUGAGAUGGAUGCCGUUGAUAGAAGUUGCACAGUGUCUGUUCACUGCAGUAACCAUCGAGUCAAAAUGCUCGUCAAGUUCCCGGCCCAGUACCCUAACAACGCUGCACCUUCUUUCCAGUUUAUUAAUCCUACAACUAUUACAUCCACCAUGAAAGCAAAACUCCUAAAGAUUCUGAAAGACACCUCCCUGCAGAAAGUGAAGCGUAACCAAAGUUGUUUGGAGCCCUGCUUGCGCCAGCUUGUCUCCUGCCUUGAAUCCUUUGUGAACCAAGAAGACAGCACGUCCAGCAAUCCCUAUGCUCUCCCAAACGCUGUCACUCCACCCUUACCCACCUUUGCCCGGGUGACCAGCGCCUAUGGAUCCUACCAGGAUGCCAACAUCCCCUUUCCUCGGACCUCGGGAGCCAGGUUCUGUGGAGCAGGUUACCUGGUGUAUUUCACAAGACCCAUGACAAUGCAUCGGGCAGUUUCUCCGACAGAACCUACCCCUAGAUCCCUGUCAGCCUUGUCUGCCUAUCAUAGUGGUUUGAUCACACCAAUGAAAAUCCGCACAGAAGCUCCUGGUAACUUACGCUUGUAUAGUGGGAGCCCCACUCGGAAUGAGAAGGAGCAGGUCUCGAUCAGCUCCUUCUACUAUAAGGAACGGAUGUCUCCUCGCUCUGCCCGGCGACGUUGGUCCAUACAAGCGAUUAACGACUUCCCGAAAUCACGGAGGUGGAAGAGCAAACGAGAGGGUACAGACUCUGGGAACCGCCCGAUCAAAGCUGCUGGAAAAGUCAUAAUCCAGGAUAUUGCCUGCCUACUUCCUGUACACAAAUCACUAGGAGAGCUCUACAUACUGAAUAUUAAUGACAUUCAGGAAACUUGUCAGAAGAAUGCUGCCUCGGCCUUGCUUGUGGGACGCAAGGAUCUUGUCCAGGUUUGGUCACUGGCUACAGUAGCUACUGAUCUUUGCCUUGGCCCGAAGUCUGAUCCAGAUUUGGAGACACCCUGGGCCCGACAUCCAUUUGGACGACAACUAUUGGAGUCCCUGCUGGCCCAUUACUGUCAACUCCGGGAUGUUCAGACCCUGGCCAUGCUUUGCAGUGUGUUCGAAGCACAGUCCAGGCCACAGGGAAUAUUGAACCCCUUUGGACUCUUUCCUAAUCGCCCUUCCAACCUUGUGUGCCACAGCCGCUAUCCUAGCUUUACUUCCUCUGGCUCUUGCUCAAGUAUGUCAGACCCAGGACUCAACACUGGUGGAUGGAAUAUAGUGGGUAGGGAAACAGAGCAUGCAUCUUCGCCCUGGGGGGAGUCCUCCCCUGAUGAAUUGCGCUUUGGGAGCUUGACUUACAGUGACCCUCGUGAGCGGGAACGAGACCAGCAUGACAAGAAUAAAAGGCUCCUUGACCCUGCCAACACUCAGCAAUUUGAUGAUUUUAAAAAAUGUUAUGGAGAAAUCCUUUAUCGUUGGGGCCUGAGAGAGAAACGAGCUGAAGUUCUAAAAUUUGUAUCCUGCCCUCCUGAUCCUCAUAAGGGAAUUGAGUUUGGUGUGUAUUGCAGUCACUGUCGGAGUGAGGUUCGUGGAACCCAGUGUGCCAUCUGCAAGGGAUUCACGUUCCAGUGUGCCAUCUGCCACGUGGCAGUGAGAGGCUCCUCCAAUUUUUGCCUGACCUGUGGACAUGGCGGACAUACCAGCCACAUGAUGGAGUGGUUUCGCACCCAGGAGGUGUGUCCUACUGGGUGUGGGUGCCAUUGCCUGCUUGAGAGUACAUUUUGAAAUUACAGGCUGUAGACACUGUGUGGAGGAUCCUACAAAAGCCAGGGGAUCAGACCCCCCUGCCGGGACUGGAACUCCUUUCUGACCUGGCUGUUUUUUCUUGGAUUCCUUCCCAGUUUGUCCACUGCUGGCAGUGGUUACCAUUCAAAAGAAGCUGAGUGAGACAUAAAGCAGUGCAUCGUGUUCUCAGCUUCAGGGCAGCCAGCGCAUUGAACGUGUUCUUGGAGAAGAGCACUUGCUUACAGGGCCAGGGCUUACUUCAGAGUUUAAUGUCAUUUUAAUGCCAAGCAGGACCAGAACAAAGAAAAGAGACGGAAGCCAGACACAAAGGACAAGCGUCUCAGCCUGCUGACCAUAACUAUUCAUUGAAUUGAAAAGGGGUUCUUUCCUAGCAGUGGCUUUGGAAACUUGAUUGUACAUUUAAUGAGCUGAUGGGCAGUGGCCUUUAAGCUAUGACAUUUAAAUUAUGAAUAUGUGAUGUACUUAAGGAUUUUUAAGAUGGUUUUUAUUUUUGAGCUGCUACUUCUUGGCCAGUGAAAUUCUGGGUAAUUGUAUAAGACAAAGAAUUAAAUGACAUUUUAAUGGA